GAUGUUUGGUCAAUUUUGGCAAGUUUCAGAACUAAUAGAAGGGUUAAGGAAAUCUUGCUUAACAAAUCCUAGUCCAACUACGAAUGAUAAUCUCGACCAACUUAUCUACAACGAUAUGUUGCAAGGUGUAUGUAAAUUAUUUCAAGAGUGUAUGGAAACUGGUAAAUUUGGUUAUUGCCCAGCUGGAUCAAUGUUUCUAUUACGCAAUCAAGAUAGAAUUUUAUGGAUUAGUAUAGAAGAAGAAGGCUUCUGUUAUAAGCAUAUUUCAGUGAAGGGUUUAGAGUUACAAGAAACUUCGUGCCAUACAGUCGAGGCGGCAUUUUUAGAUGAUAAAUUCGAAAGAUAUUUUGAUAGAUUCUCCUUCUACAAUAGAUAUUUUCCAACAAAAUGUACCUUCAAACCGAUUAGCAGGAACAAAAUUGAAACCUAUUCAGACGUUAAAAAUCGUUUAACCGGUGUAAUCGACUCUAAAGAAUUUAUUGAAAUUUUCAAAUCAAACUUACCUAAAGUACUUACUUGGAAACUUAUUAGGGAAAUUUAUUCAAGCUAUUCAUUUGAAAGUUCCCUUUCACACAUUCAAUACGAACAUAAAUAUUCAAUAGAUAAGGACUGGUUAAAUUGCAUCAAAAACAAGGAAAAUGAUUGGAUAUUCAAUGAGAAUAAUUUGCUGAAAUUUGCAUAUUUAUCCAAAAAUAUUAUAUUAAAAGAAGGUGAUUUCUUUAACGCUCAACAUAUCUAUAAACUUUAUAAAGGAAUUGUUCAAGAGAGUCUAAACGAGCCGCUAAAGCAUGCUAUUAAAGUUUCAGUAAGGUAUUGUCUUCGAGCAAGUUUAAAUCAUUUUUUAAUUUGUCCUGAAACUAAUGAAGAAUUGCAAGAUAGUCUAAUUGAUAUGAACGAAAAUUGGUUUAUUGGCUUAGAAAAUGAUAAAGAAUUAAUUGAAAUGAUUGAAAAGAGAAUUGAAAAUAUCUUUCUACUCCAAUACACGGAGGAGACUAAGACUUUUUGCAGUAGGAAUCUUACUAGGAGAGAAGAUGAAGAGUUUUUUAUAGCUGCUCUAGAAGAAGAAUCUGUAAAAUCUCAAUGGGCAAAUUUAUCUUUGGAAUUAUUCUAUAUGACCAACGAUGACGACGAAAGAUAUAGUAUUCAGGCCGAACCUUCAAUUCUAAGAAAUUUAACUGUUCAAGCAGCUAAUCCACCUUUAGGCUAUCCUCUUUUUAUAUCACAGAUGCAAAACAUUUAUUCAAUAUAG